AUGAAGCUCUCCGCUGUGACUCUCCUGCUUAUGUCCGGCCAUUCGGCGCCAACAGAUGGAAAUGAAAAAUGCAUCCCUAGUUAUGGGCGCUGUCUACCAGCAAGGGUGCCCCAAUGCUGUGGGAUUCCACCGUCCCACACUCGUGAGCGGCUACUUUCCUUCCAGAGCAUCCCGAAACUUCAACCUGCAAACUCGACCAGCAUGCUGACAGACGGAUUGCUACUACUGCGGUGGUCCUUUGCUUUCCUCCACUCCCCCAUCCUCAUUCACCUUGUGCUCUACCGUUCGGCUUCUGCAGAGGGCCACAAUGACUUUUUGCUACUUGGGCCCAGUGGCUCGGGCAAGACGGCAUUCUGCGCACUGGUGGGCUCCAACGCGUACCGAUCGGUGAACGAUCCAACCCUAGCCGAUCACCGGAAAACUCAAGUCAAGUACCGGGUUCGCGAUACACCCGGACAUGGAAAACUGCGAGACGCGCAGGGCAUUUCACAGCUAAAAUCCAUGGCUGACUCGAAGCCCACAAAGGGAACUGCGCGCGGUGUCAUUUUCAUGGUGGAUGCGGGCACCAUCAUGGAUGAAACGGAACUGAGGGAUGCGGCGGGAUACCUCCACGACGUACUCUUGAUCCUACAAAGAAGACUUGCAAAUAGCCGGAAUAGCGUGUUCAGGAAGCUACCGGAUGUUCCAGUCAUGAUCGCCGCGAACAAGCAAGAUCUAUUUACUGCUUUGCCCGCCAACUCUGUGAAACAAAGGCUGGAGGCGGAGAUUGAGAGGAUUCGCCAAUCGCGGAGAAAAGGCGUUCUUGAUGCGGACGUCAAUGCGGGCGAUGAUGAACAAGAAAUUCUAGGAAGCGAUGAGGGCCAGGAGAAAUUCACAUUUAAGCUGCUGGAAGAAGAAGUCGGUUUGAGCCUACCCGCCAACUUAGGGGAUAUCGGUGAUGGGCGCUCUGAUCGGUCCCCUGGACUACGAGGACAGAUAUGCACAAGAUUUCCACCCCAGGCCCGAGUUUGCUUGUUGAAAGUCAGGCAUCCUUAUCCAAACAUAUGA